GAGAAGCGGUUUGCUCAUUCGCGGAGAUGACGAUCUUCUUAGAAGCUUACAAGGAGAUAAGUCCAAACUAGAGAAUAAGUUGAGGACAGCUGAGAGUCGAGUCCGUCGGCUAGAAGAUCUCUUGCAUCGUCAAACUCAGGGAACGGUCUGCAAUUUUGGAGAAAGAAGCGAAUGCUCACGCCGACCUGAAAGGCCGCAUGGACGAAGUGAACUCCACGAAGCAAGAUCUUUUAGGAAAUAUGGAAGCCCUAGAGAGGGAAUUUAUGGAAGAGCGUAAAUCCUUGGAAGACGAAAUCAAAGCUCUGAAGGCCCGCCUCGAAGAGACCGAAGAUGAAAUCGAACAUUUCGGAGAAUCUAGAGAAAAUGAGAAGUUGACGUACGAUGAAAAACUCCACUCUCUCGAAGCAGAGGUCGACCGUCUUACUAAAGAGAAGAGGGAUGAUGCUCUAAGGACACAGGGACAAGUCGAGUUUUUACGUAACGAAGCUCGAGUUCAGAGAGAACGCAAUGUGUCUCUUGAGAGGGAGUUGAAGGAAUCGCGUGAAAAAGUCAAAGAGCUAAAUAAGCGAGCUGAAACUUUCUUCGACAGUAUGGACACGCAUGCUCGUUCGCUCAGGGAGCUUCACGGCCAGUUAUCUCCAACGGACGACCCUCCUCAAGACUUCGCAGAUCUUACAGAUUCCGUCGCGACCAAAUCCAACGACGUUUUGGCAAGAUUGAAAUCCCUCGAACAAGACAUAUCUCUAACGAAGGCUGAUCUAGAGCGUGCUCAGGCCACUGUUAAAGAUGUAAAAUCCGAACUACAUACUGCGAAAGAGAAGCUUUCCAGUGAAGAGAUGAGCUCGGUGCACCUGCGGGAGGCACUAGAUAAAGAAAAGACUAGAACCGCCACUCUGGAAAUGGAAGUGAACGAAGGACGAGCGCAACUCAACCAACUCCGAAUGAAGAUGACUGAGGGCGAAACAGGAUCAGAAACGCUACGGCAGAAAUUAGCAGACGAAGAAAAGAGAGUUGCGGAGCUAACCGAACAAGUAGCAUCAAAACAGUCCCAAUUAGGUAGCCUUGAAGAGGAAGUCCGAAUGUUCCAGGAGAAGCUACAGGCGUCCGAUGCUACAUUAGAAGCCCUUAAUAGUCGAUCUGAGGUACGCAAUGGUCGCACUAAAGACCUCACCCAGAGGUUAUAUACCCAGAAUGAGAGGCUAUGCAGGCUUCUCGAACGCCUUGGGUUCUCCGUGACACGCAAGGAUGGGUCGAUGGCCAUCCAAAGAAUUCCGCGGUCUGAACGGACAUCUCAAAACCCUAACGACUCGUCUGAUCCCGGCUCUUCUAUACGGCGAUCCGUCUCGUUAACAAGUAACCCCCUUGCUGAUAGCGCUGAUCUCAAGUUACUAUACUGGAUGAACGCGGAGGACUCGAAUACAGAAGAUGAGCAGUACCAGGCUUUCAUGGCCGGUCCAGGCAACUUUGACAUUGACGCCUUUUCUGAAGCCAUGUAUCGUCGCGUCAAGGAAGUGGAGCAUACUGCCCGAAAGAUGACUCGAGACGCCCGUAAUUACAGAGAACGGGCACACGAUGCUGCUAAGGAAGCUCGUGACAAGAUUGCCUUCAGGCAAUUCAAAGAAGGCGACCUAGCCUUGUUUCUUCCCACCCGUAAUCAGACGACAGGUGCCUGGGCUGCUUUCAAUGUUGGAUGUCCUCAUUUUUUCUUGCGGGAGCAGGAAAGUCACCGCUUGCGCAGCCGCGAGUGGCUUGUAGCCCGCAUAACCCGAGUUCAAGAGCGAGUAGUCGACUUAUCUAAGAGCUUGCAAUCUACCACUGCUCUUCCAUCAGAGGGUGAAACUGAUUCUGUUAAUACUGGCGACGAAAAUGACAAUCCAUUUGAUUUGUCAGAUGGUCUACGCUGGUGGCUUAUCGAUGCACACGAAGACAAACCCGGCGCCCCAUCUACCCCUGGGCUUGGAAAGUCCACCGUCGCUGCAAACAAUGUUGCAGCUGUCGCCGAUAUGCACGCACAUGGACGUUUGAGCAAGGGAAAAUCCAAACUAGGCCCUAACGGUGGAAUUGAGGGUGUUAGUAGGACCCUCAGCAAGAGUCUCGAGAGUAGGCGUAGCAGUUCAGGCUCUAAGAAGGCCCAGCCUCUUGCUGGAGUUGUCGCUGCAAAAGGCAGUGCGCUAGCUAGCGAGACAAAUAGCAUCACAAGUCCAACAGUUGGGCCAGGGGGCGCAGGGCUAAGUGGAACGCAGCAAGAAUUAACAGGGGACAAACAGACCGCCGCAGAUAAGGGCGAGCAAACCGAGCGUCGCCGAAUAGACGACAACCCCAAUACGCAGCAGCCUCAGCAGCAGAGGCCGUCGGGUCAGCCUCGGACACAAUCACAACAACAGCAACAACAACAACAACGACCCCAGCAUUCCCAACUCCGCAAGGAAAUAAGCGCUACUUCUAUCGAAAGCCCAAGCCCCGUUCGAAGGAGUAUUGUAUGGGAUUCACUGUGGAACCUAGACACCAGCGUUGAUAUGCAGGAUGAAUGGCAUAGUACAGGCUAAUAUUCCCGUAUCGUAUUUUUAUUGGGCACAGCGCUGGCGUACAAGGGUUUACUUGUCUUCGGGGGUUUUUUUUCUGGUUUCUUGUCUCAUAAUAGAUGCUUGAACACUUGGUUAUUAUUUUUUACUUUUGGGGAGGUAGUACUAAGUUGUCGUAUUAGAGAGCGAAGUAAUGGAAAAUAAUACCCAAUCCAUGACCUAAUUACUUACCUAUCGGCCAUUGCCUUCAUCUACGUCCUCCCUGCUGCCUUUUCUUGUAGUAACAAUUCAACCUUAGAAAAAUACGUGUGUCGGUUUGGAGAGCUAGUUAACCAUCCUAGGCCGAUAUACGAAAGAUCAAACUUUUAAAAGGCUUC